UGCGUAUACAACGCCGACGAAACCGGUAGUGCUACAGGAUCAUGCCCAAGGCUACAUACCUCGCACCAUCAGAGCUCAAGAAGACCAUGCGAGGCGUGAAAGGUAUGAGAGCGAAGGAUCGAGUCACCGCCUACAUGGCUACGAGCGCCAGCGGGCGUAAGGUGCCGCUGUCUUUUAUCGGCACAGCCAAGGAGCCCCGGUGCUUCAAGAUCCGGGGCUCAACCAUCAAGUACUUCAGCCAGAAGAACGCGUGCUCGGACGCGCGAGUGUUCAAGCUGUGGUGGUCGCAAGUGUUCCUGCCACACGUGCGCUCCGUCACCAGCGAGAAGGUUUUUCUCAUCAUGGACAACCACAGCAGCCAUGCCGACCUCGUAGACCCCAAGGAGCAGGUGAAGAUUCUUGAUCUGCCACCCAACUGCACGAGCAAGCACCAGCCCAUGGAUGCCGGGAUCAUCGCAGCCUGGAAAGUGCGGUACAGGACGAAGCUGCUGGGGAUUCGCGUCGACACGAUGACGUCGGCGGCGCAGCUACGGGAGCAGGCGAAGGAACGCAGGGUGAUUCGAGGCUGCAUGGGGCUCGCGGAAGGAGCGCAGCCUCACAUCCUGGACGCAGCUGAGCUAGGCCUCGAGGCGUGGAAGGAAGUUUUGCCGGAGACAAUCAAGAGGGGUGACGUGGGAAAGAAUAUCCGCAACAAGAAGGAGAGUCUCGAAGAGUUGACGGACUUGGUGCAGCGUCUUUCUCUUGAGACGAAGAAGACAACUGUCGAUGAAGACCUUGGCGAGGCGCUUAAGGGUCUGGGGUUGGCACCUGGCGCAACGCCAACCCAAGCUUCCAUGAAAGCCGUGCAGACAUGGUUGCGUGUAGAGGAAAAAGAGGGUAUAGCGGAGGCGAAUAUUGAAGAUCUGAAGGACGAUCUCUGUGAGGAGUCGCUUGCCCACCUGAACAUGGACCAACUGAACAUAGACUCGGACGACGACGAGGCCGACUCUUCGGCGGGAGACGAGGGAAAGUGUACGCAGCCCCUGGUCUCUCCUCGUCCGCCACCGUACGCUGACGUAUCUAGGAAGUUCGGAGACCUCGAAGAAAUAGCAGAGAGGUGCAGCAUGGCCGGGGUAGCUUACCAUCUUCGCAAGGCGAAGUUAGCCUGGAUGAGCGAGGCUGGGUCAAAGAAAACGAAGCAAACACGCAUGGCAGACUUCAUGUAA